UCAUGAGGAACCUGUAGACUGCAAUGAGGCCCUAAUUUUCCACCAUGCAGCGUACUUUUCUUCAUUAAAAUGGCCACGUUAAAUAGCUGUGAAGUUCCUAAAUGCCUAUUUUGCCAACAGGUCUUCUCCCCAGCUGGCAGCUUUUCAGAGCAGGAGACACGAGGUUGCUAAACCCAUUCAUUUCUCACAUGCACCCACGUUUCUAAUGGCUGUGGAGAUCCAGCUUUAAAGUCCUCUGAGAGCCAUUGGAAUGAAGAGCACUUCGUGAAGACGCUGUAAUUAUUAUGGGAUUGAGGGGCGUGUGGAAAUGAUUCAUGGAGAUGUUUCCCAGCCAGCAGGCUGAUGGAGCCAGGUGAGCUCUUCCCUGGAAUGCGAAGCAUGCGGCGCAGCAACCGGGAGGAACAGGUUUGGCAGGACACUUUUAAGUUGUUCGAAGCAGACACACCACGGGCUCUUCGGAGCCACAUCCCUGCCUUGCCGACCUCCCAGCUGGAUGCUCCUCUCCAGCACGCUGGCCCUGGAGAGCUGGAGAGGAUGGACACGCUGCGCCGGAGCCUUUCCCGCUGGAAGAGGUACCACAUCAAGGUGCACUUGGCUGACGAGGACCUGAUGAUGCCCCUGACGGUCAGGCCCAGGGACACAGUGAUGGACCUGCGGGCUCUCCUGGUGCGGGAGGGCGUCACUUCCUGGAAGAAGACGUUUUAUUACAACUCCAGGCAGCUGGAGGAGCACGAGACUCUCAAAGAGGCCAAUAUCCAGAAUGGCUCUGUCCUCCUCCUUGUCAGCAAUAAAAGGUAG